AUGGCGGUGGCCAAGGUCAUGGUGGUGGUGACAAUGAUGGUGGUGGUGAUGGUGAUGAUGGUAAGUGAUGGUAAUAGUGAUGGUGGUGGUGGCUAUGGUGGUGGUAGUGGUGAGAAUGGUGGUGACAACGAUGGUGUUGAUGUGAUGGUGGUGAUGGUAGUGGUGGGUGGUGACAGUGAUGUUGGUGGUGGCAAUGAUGGUGGUGGCAGUGACAGCAAUGGUGGUGACAAUGAUGGUGUUGGUGGUGGUGUUAUUGAUGGUGGUGACGAUGGUAACAGUGAUGGUGGUGGUGGCAAUGGUGGUGGUAGUGAUGUCUUCAUCAUUGGUUACUGUGAGGAUUAA